UCUAAAACCACAGCCCCUUCCUCUCCCUCUGGAGCUCCAGUCCAGCAAUGGCAAUGUUCAAGCUCAUCCUCACUCAAUCUCGCCGCCACUGCCUCGCUAAAUCCCCUUCUCUUUCAACUCCCCAGUUUCUUCAAUUUCGAAGAUCACUCUCCUCCUCUCAAUCCGAAUCCAACCCAGAUCCCGAUUCUCCCCCCAAUGAAUCCUCUAGGACCCCUCGUCCCGCUCCCAUUCAGCCCGUCUCCUACGCCAUCAAGCCCAAGCCACAAUCCGAUCAGGACCACGAUUCUCCAGAAUCGCCUCAACCUCCGUCAGCUCCGCGGCGGCCGCCGCCGCCAAGCCCCGAAGGUCGGAGGACGUGGACUCGUGAAGAUAUUCGCUAUAUGAAGGAUACUCCAACUAUAGCUCCGGUAUCUUAUCCAUCGCGUGUUGCUCCGCUCCCGGAAGAUAGGGUUUCGGCUUCGGGCGGAGGAGAGGAGGGUGUGGAGAGUGAGCAAAUGGAGGAAGAGAGGAAGAAAAUUGAGGCGGAGAAAAUGUGGAGGAGGAGGGUUUUUAGGGUUGCGGAAGAGGAUAAAGUUACUGCUCCAUUUCCAAUGGUGAUCAAGGUCGACAAGAAGGAGCCGAAGGUUGUUCUUGAUUUGAUGGACGCCAUCCGGCAAGUGAAGGCUAGUUCCAAGUCAACUUUUGAUGAGACUGUUGAAGCACAUGCAAGAUUGGGGGUUGAUGCUAGGAAAAUGCAAGUUCUGGGUAACAUGACUCUGCCCCAUUCCAUUGGGAAGACUGUCAAAGUGGCUUUCUUUGCUGAAGGGGCUGACGCUGAGGAAGCAAGGGCUGCUGGAGCUGAUAUUGUAGGUGGUGUUGAACUUAUCGAGGAAAUUGCGACCAGUCGGAAAUUCAAUGUUGAUAAGUGUUUCUCAACCCCUGAAAUGAUGAGGCGCAUUGGCAAGAUUUCAAAGAUUUUGAGGCAGCGUGGAUUGCUCCCAGAUCCUAAGCUAGGUACUGUGACCAGUGAUAUCAAAGGGGCCUUAAAGAAAGCAAGAGAAGGUCACAUGCACUUUAAAAUGGAUUCCACAUCUAUUGUGCAUGUGGGGCUUGGGAAGGUGAGUCAUUCGGAAGAGUCCUUACGAGAAAAUAUCGGUGCAUUUGUAAAUGCUCUUUUGCUUGCAAAGCCUGUCGGCUUGAAAAAAGCCUCGAAAUACGCUGGAUACGUAAAUUCCUUCCACAUAUGUAGCACGAUGGGUCCUGGAUUCCCCGUUACGAUACAAUCUUUGUCCAAAGUUGCAGAUCAAUACAACAAGAAGUUCUUGAGCGGCGUGAUCCGCUGACAUCUCUCUAAUAUAAUAGGUCUCUUCUUAGCCAUUUUUUCAUCUUUGAUCUCCCUUGCUCCUAAUUAUAAUGUUACUGUUACAAGGCAGGAAGUAGUCUAGAUUUGGGUGGAUUUUGUUUAACCAUUUCAACAAGAAGUUCCAUCUUUCUGUGUACUGAGAGGUAGAAAUUGUUAGCUUCUUUUAGGGAAGGAACAGCAGUGAGCAGUCAUUUUGAUUUUGGCUGUGCUUUGUUGUAUUUACGUGAUCUUCUUCUGGGUUCUUGCAGUUUGUUUAUCACUGAACUCUUAGCAGUGUGGUUUAUGUGGUCUUCAGUGUAAGACUCAUCACCUGCUUGUUCUGGAAAAUAAAUAAGGCAAGUUUUCUGAUAAAGUGGGGAUUUGAGGGAGACUGGAUCUUUUCAUCUUUCUUUUUCAUAUUAAAUGAAACAUUCAUUUGCUUUA